AUGCGUUGUUGUGUCUGCAUUGCUCUGCAAUUCACUGCCAAAACGCUAGUUGGCGGAGGGGUUCAGUCCAUAUUUUUCUGGCCCAAGGAGCCUGAAUUUAAGCAGAUCAACGAAAAAUAUAAGGGAGACCUUAAAAACGUCAUCCAAAUCUUCCGAAGCAGCAGCACCUUUAUGCAGCCCCAUGUGCCACUCAUUGAUGACAAGCUAACUGACAUACUCUGCCAGCGUACUCGCAGACAGAAAUGUAAAGAAUGUAGGAAUUCCAUCCUAAAGGCCAGCUUGGAAAAAGAGAUGGUAAAAUAUUGGAAUGACUGUGACAUGCCUGUCUCACCAAGCAAGGAAUGCAUAAUAGGCUCUGCACUCCAGAUCUAUACUGCACUCCUGAACUGUAACCAUGGCACUUUCAUUGAAACUGAGGAAUUGUCCCUGGACCAUGUUACUCACUCAUUGCAACUUUGCUUCCUCAUGGCUGCUCGAUCAGAUGAUCCAGCAAAUGGUAUUGGAGCAAUAAUCUAUGACAAGCAGAAGCAGUACAUUGUUGGAGCUGGCUACAAUGGCUAUAUCAAGCAAGCAUUAUAUGGAAACUUCCCUCGCAGAGGAAGAGGCUAUAAGCAGCAAGUGGCCAAGGGCAAAUUCAUGGUCCAUGCAGAAGUGAAUGCCAUUCUCUUCAGGUCAGCCGAAGACUUAGAUUCUGCCGUGUUAUUUUCUUCAAAAAUACCUUGCAAUAAAUGUGAAAAAAUGAUCAUCGCAUCUGGCAUUAAGACUGUGGUUGCCGUCAAAGAAAUCAUGAAGCCCACGGAAGGAGCUGAGAAACCUGGAUGUACUACUGGCACUUUAGAAGGCAAAGGAUUGGGAAAGUGUGUUAAAGAUUCAGAAGGAGAACCCAAGAUAUCAGAAGAGAAAAAUAUAUCAGAAAAUAUGCAGCAAACAUUGGCAGUUAACAAAGAAUCAGACUUUGAAAUUAUGUUGUGGGAAAUUCCCAGUGACCAGCAAGUUGCUGAGCAAUGCUCUGGACAGUCCAAUACUCAGCCACAGAGUGAAUCACCUGAUGUAGGUACCAAUUACCGCUUGCCAGAGAAGGAAAACCUGAUGAUAUUUCUGGCUUUGCAUAUGGAAAGAUCUCCUUUAUGUGAGGCGCCAGAAGGAAGUGGCAAAUAUUCGAAAACAGGCAUUGCUGUCCUGAACACCACAGAAAAGAAUCAUAUAGUUGCCAUUGAGUGCUCCAGGAAUGGGCUUCAUGCUGUGGAGCAGGUGCUGCUAUCCUCUCCGAGGUCUCUGCACGGUUGUACGGUCUACUUAUCUAGGUACCCCUGCAUCAUCUGUGCAAAACUACUCAUUCAAGGUGGCGUUGAUCGCAUUUGCUAUUGGCCGAACCUGGAACAACAGGAUAAUCAGAAUAAAGGAGUUUGGAAAAAUAACCUCACCAGUGUUAGUCAGCUCUUUCCUAAAGCUAGAGUAAUUUGUGAUAUGUGCAUUCCUUUACUGAAUUUAAAUACUAUUAAGGAAAAGGUUUCACCAAAAGCAAGAGUGAUACCAACAGAAGAGUCCAUAAAAUGUGAGUCAUUUUUUGACGUGCCUGAUGUCGUAGAUGACACCAUGGAAGCUCUGGGUUUAUCACAUCUUAAAGACAAAGAUUAUGUAGCUAAAUACAUGUCCGAAUUACAAAAUGCAAAUGAUUGUUAUAGAGCACUUAUAAAUAGUUCCUGUGGCUUUUUUGAAACAAACAGUUCAGUGGCACAUGCUAAUAAUGCGGAAGGGGAACAACCCAGUAAACUUCAGGAAAAUGAGAAGAAGCAUAUACAUGCCCUGCAGCUGUGCUUCCUUCUGGCUGCAAGAACUGAUAGUCCUGACUAUGGAGCAGGAGCACUGAUCUCCCAGAAAGAUUGCUUUGUAGGAGUAGGCUACAAUGGUUUUCCAAAAGGAAGUCAUCGUGGUAAAUAUCUGAGUAAAGAAAAUUCAGCAUCCAGCCUGCUCAUCUGUGCGGAGGCUAAUGCUCUUUGUUUCAGGUAUAAACAGGAUCUGCAAGAAGCCACCCUGUAUUCCAGCAUCUACCCUUGUCCUAAGUGCAUGAAGUUAAUAAAAAUCGUUGGAGGCAUCACAAAGAUUGUUUGUGUUAAGCCCAAAGAUUGUGAGCGUUUGCAUCCAGCUCCAAAGGGCACAACAUAUUGGAUGUGGAAACAAGAUUUGGGCAUACCAGAAGGCUCCAGACGGUGCUUAGUUUAUGGACAGGACCCUACUUCAUGAAGAAUAGAGUGGCGUUCAAUGACUGAUGCUGGGCAGUGUCAGAUCUUACUGCAACUGUGCAUUGCAAACAUGGCCCUGUUGGAGACAAAGGACAACCAUUCAAAUCCAGCAUCAAUCAAGAAACUUCCUCCACAAUCCCCUGUAAGCUUUCCAAUUCAAUGAUGUAACCUCUUUAAAAUUUUAGACUGAAUAAUAUAUUUUUUAGAAAAUAAAGAAAGUGGGAAAUAUGAAAAGCCAGUGAAAUGCAAAAGAGAGAUUAAGGAAACAUUAUAGGAGAAAGCAGAUCCAAGUGUUCUAAUUUGGCUCCAAUGCUUACUGGUCAGAAAACAGAUCUGGGAAAUAGGUGACAGUUCAGGAAAGUAGCUAACUGUCCAUCUGAAUCCAACCUGAUUAUUGUAGUGAUUCCUUUGCAAUAGCUAUAAUUCUAGUUACAGCUUUUUUUACAAAAUACUCAUGCAGUGCAAGUAGUUAAAGAAUACAUGAUUUUCAAGGGCAGCACAGUGAUACAGUGGGUAGAACCAUUACCUCAGAGCACCAGACACCCGGAUUCAAUCCCAAUUGUGUGGGUUUCUUCUGGGUGUUCCAGUUUCCUCCGACAUCCUGAGGCAUGCAGGUCAGUGCGUUAAUUGGUGGCUUGUAAGUUAUCCCUAAUAUGUAGGUGAGGGGUGGAAUAUGUCGUAUGUUGUGGUAUGUGGGAAUAAUAAGAAAUGGAAUUAACAUAUGAUUAUUGUAGCUGGGUGGUUGGUAUCAGUAUAGACUAUGACAAUUCAUUUCAGACCUCCAAACUGCAAUGAUUCAGAACCUUGGCAUUAGGCUACAUCACACAAUGGCAUAUCACCUGCAGUCCAAUAGCCUAUACAAGCAGUUUCACCGCUUCCUAAAAGGCGUUCUGAGAGCUUCCCUGAUCGAUGAGUUUUGGCAUGAUCAUCUCUCAUGCAUCCGACAGGGACUUAGAACUGUUCGAAAAGAGGACCCGUGGUCUUCUGUGGCUGAGUUGGUAUAUAGGCAUCCAUUACAAGUACCCACAACCACCUGGUCAGCCUCUCACAGCAUUCCUUCCCCCCCCCCCGCAGUAAAUUCAAUUCCUUUUCACCUAAUCCUACUCUCUUCAUGGUGUACAGAACUCUUGGGUUCCUGUUGACCUACAUUCCACCUUGUUUGUUUUUGUCUGCCGUGAUGCACACCAACAUUCCCUUGGGCCUCCUUACGAUGGCCAUUCCGCUUUUUGGAAUGGGGAGAAAAGACUCUAUUGUAGAUAAGAGAGGUAAACCUGAACGUACUUUGGUAGAUCACCCUAAACCGACCCACCAAGAUUUGGAGUUUUCCACUGCCAUAACCCUGGCAUCACAAUAUGACCAUGAGUGUGUCAACACACCUCUGGAUGAGCCAGAGGCACCUGUGUUUCCUCCACCCAUGGCACAAAGGAUCCGAAUUAGGCAGCUCAUCAGAGCUCCAGACAAGCUUACGGUGCUCAUUUUAGUGAAUUCUGAGGGGGGGGGAGUGGGCUGUGUAGGGUAACAUAAUUGGGAGAAAUUUAUAUAAUUCACAACCACCAACAUUGAGUUGGGGUUUCUCUUUAAGAGGCUGGUCUGAUGUGAUGGCAUUACGUAAGGAUUUUUAGCACAAAUUUUUUUGUUUAGGGUUUUGGAAUACAAUAAGAUGUGUUACGUUUCAUUAAGCAUAAAACAGCCCACUUCAUUUUAUUUGCAAAAAGUUACACUGUGACUAAGAUGAAACUAAAAGCUCUUUAACUUAAUAUAUUGCAAUCGGUGAUGGAAGGGGAAAACACGGCAUUGGUAAUUAUGUACAUAAGUAAUAUGAGAACAUGUGUGGAUCCAACAUGUGUGCCCAGCAUUCAUAAUGGGAUGUCAUUUGGGUUAGCUUUGUACCCUCUGUGUGAUUAGAAGCACUUGUACAGUGCCUUGUAAAAGUAUUCAGUCCCUAACCCUUUGUACACAUAAAUGAGCAUGACAACCAGAGAUGUUGUUCAAUUUAACUGAGAAUUUUUAUUUAUGAAUCACAUGCUCCUUUUUCACAGCAGAGGCCAAAAAAAUACAGAAAAUAGUAAAGAAUGAAAAGCUAAAAAUUAAAAACUGAAAUGUCAGCAGUUCAAAAGUAUUCAUCCCCCUUUGUUCAGUACUUAGUUGAACCACCUCUCACAGCUAUUACAGCCAGUAGUGUUGGAUAAGUCUCCAUUAGCUUUGCACAAAGUGAUGGAGCAAGAUUUGCCCAGUCCUUGCAAAACUGCUCAAGCUGUGCCUGGUUAGUUGGGGAGUGGCAGUGGAGAGCAAUCUUGUGGUCUUACCAGAGAUCUUCUAUCAGGUUAAGAUCAGGCCACUCAAGAACAACAACUUUCUUCAUUUGAAGCCACUCUGUGGUUGCUCUGGCAGUGUGCUUUGGGUUGUUGUCUGCUGAAAGAAUAACUUCCUCCCCAGUUUAAGCUUUCUGGUAGAGGCUAGCAUGCUUUUAUCCAGGAUCUCUCUGUUUAUCAGCAUUGAUCUUCCCAUCAAUUCUGACCAGAUUUCUAGUCCCUGCUGCUGAAAAUCUUCCCAUAGCAUAAUGCUACUUCCACUAUAUUUUACAUGUUACCCAGCUGAUGCACAGUAUUUAAUUUACGUCACAUGUAUUGCUCAGUGUUGAGGCCAAAAAGUUCCACUUCAGCCUCAUCCAACCUCAAAAUCUUAGAAACAUAGAAAACCUACAGCACAAUACAGGCCCUUCGGCCCACAAUGCUGUGCCAAACAUGAGCUUACUUUAGAAAUUACUAAGGGUUACCCAUAGCUGUCUAUUUUUCUAAGCUCCAUGUACCUGUCCAGGAGUCUCUUCAAAGACCCUAUUGCAUCCAUUUCCACCAGAGUCGCCGCAGCCCAUUCCAGGCACUCACCACUCUCUGCGUAAAAAAUUUACUCCUGACAUCUCCUCUGUACCUACUUCCAAGCACCUUAAAACUGUUAGCCAUUUCAGCCCUGGGAAAAAGCCUCUGACUAUCCACACAAUCAAUGCCUCUCAUCAUCUUAUGCACCUCUAUCAGGUCACCUCCAAUCCUCCGUCAUUCCAAGGCCAAAUUAAUUAAACCUGUUCUCAUAAGGCGUGCUCCCCAAUCCAGGCAACAUCCUUGUAAAUCUCCUCUGCACCCUUUCUAUGGUUUCCACGUCCUUCCUGUAGUGAGGCGACCAGAACUGAGCACGGUACUCCAAGUGGGAUCUGACUAGGGUCCUAUAUAGCUGCAACAUUACCUCUUGGCUCUUGAACUCAAUCCCACAGUUGAUGAAGGCCAAUACACCAUAUGCCUUCUUAACCACAGAGGCAACCUGCACAGCAGCAUUGAGUGUUCUAUGGACUCGGACCCCAAGAUCCCUCUGAUCCUCCACACUGCCAAGGGUCUUACCAUUAAUGCUAUAUUCUGUCAUCUUAUUUGACCUACCAAAAUGAACCACCUCACACUUAUCUGUGUUGAACUCCAUCUGUCACUUCUCAGCCCAGUUUUGAAUCCUUUUGAUGUCCUAUUGUAACCUCUGACAGCCCUCCACACUAUCCCCAAUCUUUGUGUCAUCAGCAAAUUUACUAACCCAUCCCUCCACUUUCUCAUCCAGAUCAUUUAUAAAAAUCACAAAGAGAAUGGGUCUUAGAACAGAUCCCUGAGGCACACCACUGGUCACCGACCUCCAUGCAGAAUAUGACCCGUCUACAACCACUCUUUGCUUUCUGUGGGCAAGCCAAUUCUGGAUCCACAAAUCAAUGUCCCCUUGGAUCCCAUGCCUCCUUACUUUCUCAAUAAGCCUUGCAUGGGGUACCUUAUCAAAUGCCUUACUGGAAUCCAUAUGCACUACAUCUGCUGCUCUACCUUCAUCAAUGUGUUUAGUCACAUCCUCAAUAAAUUCAAUCAGGCUCCUAAGGCACUACCUGCCUUUGACAAAGCCAUGCUGACUAUUACUAAUCAUAUUAUGCCUCCCCAAAUGUUCAUAAAUCCUGCCUCUCAGGAUCCAUCAACUUACCAACUACUGAAGUAAGACUCACUGAUCUAUAAUUUCCUGGGCUAUCUCUACUCCCUUUCUUGAAUAAGGGAACAACAUCUGCAACCCUCCAAUCCUCUGGAACCUCUCCCUUCCCCAUUCAUGAUGCAAAGAUCAUCACCAGAGCCUCAGCAAUCUCCUCCCUCACCUCCAGCAGUAGCCUAGGAUAUAUCUCGUCUGGUCCCAGUGACUUAUCCAACUUGAUGCUUUCCAAAAGCUCCAGCACAUCCUCUUUCUUAAUGUCUAUAGGCUCAAGCUUUUCAGUCUGCUGUAAGUCAUCCCUCCAAUUGCCAAGGUCCUUUUCCAUAGGGAGUACUGAAGCAAAGUAUUCAUUAAGUACCUCCGCUAUCUCUUCCAGUUCUGUAAACACUUUUCCACUGUCAGACUUGAUAGGUAAUUUUUGUCCUAUUAUAGUGUUGCACCUGAGGAAAGUUAGUGUAGUAAUUACAAAGGGCAUGAAUACUUCUCAGCUUCAUGUGUUUGUUUUUUGUUUUUUAGUAAAUUGUUCACAGGUUUUGGAAUUUUCCCUUUGAUUUGAAUGAUGUUUUGAGUAUAGCUCAAAAAUCCUACUUCAAUGUAUUUCAGAUUUAGAAAAUAAGACAGUAAAAUGUAAAAAUAGUUGGGCUGAAUACUUCUUCAAGGCACAGUAUCUGACAGUACUUAGUUCAUCAGAGAUGUAUAAGGCAUAAUAGGACAAAAAUUACUUCAUUCUAAGCAAGCUCCAAUAUCAAUGCCGCAUAAUGUAUAAUAAGCCAAUGAUUGAAAAAAUGUGUUAUUUCGAAUUGGAGUUUUAUUCCAGCUGAUUUAAAAUUUGUGCUUCAAUGGCAAUUAAAAUCUAUGAUAACGAUUUACAUUUAUGAGGGAAAUAAACAAAAACCAUUA